ACAAACAACCAAAAAAUUAAAACACAAACCCAUUCGUGUGCGUGCGACUAAGUUAAAACAUUAAUGGACAUUUCUUCAUCACUUUUACUCUUGUCCUUCUUCCUCUUUGUCAUCAUUAUCUUCAUCUUUAACAAAAUCAAUGGUCUCAGAACAUCCUCAGUCUCAAAGAAGAAACUUACUGAGCAUGUUAGUACUCACAGCUACGGACCAAGGUUCCCACAAGGAAGCUUGGGAUGGCCUAUCCUCGGAGAAACCAUCGAGUUCGUCUCUUCUGCUUACUCUGACCAUCCCGAGAGUUUCAUGGACAAGCGUCGAGUUAUGUAUGGUAGAGUAUUUAAGUCGCAUAUAUUUGGAACGGCCACGAUCGUGUCUACGGACGCAGAAGUUAAUAAAGCAGUUUUACAGAGCGACUCCACGGCAUUUGUGCCAUUCUACCCUAAAACGGUGAGGGAUCUCAUGGGAAAAUCGUCGAUACUUCUGAUAAACGGGAGUUUACACCGGAGGUUCCAUGGAUUAGUCGGUUCGUUCUUAAAGUCACCACCUCUCAAAGCUCAAAUCGUUAGAGACAUGCACAAGUUUUUGUCCGAGUCCAUGGAUCUAUGGUCCGAGGACCAACCUGUUCUCCUCCAGGAUGUCUCCAAGAAUGUUGCAUUCAAAGUACUUGCAAAGGCACUGAUAAGUGUAGAGAAAGGAGAAGAGUUAGAAGAGUUGAAGGAAGAAUUUGAACAAUUCAUCAGAGGACUCAUGUCACUGCCAAUUAACUUGCCUGGAACCCAACUUCAUAGAUCUCUCCAAGCUAAGAAGAAGAUGGUGAAGCAAGUUGAAAAGAUCAUAGGAGACAAAGUCAGGAGAGAAAAAAACAAAGAAGAAGAUGGUGCGGUUGCAAAAGAUGUUGUGGAUGUGCUGCUUAAGGACUCAAGUGAAAAUUUAACUCACAAUUUGAUUGCUAACAAUAUGAUUGACAUGAUGAUUCCUGGCCACGAUUCGGUACCUGUCCUCAUCACUCUGGCUGUCAAAUUUCUAUCCGAUUCUCCUACAGCUCUUCAUUUUCUAACGGAAGAAAACAUGGAGCUGAAAAGUUUGAAGGAGUUGACAGGAGAGCAACUAUAUUGGAAUGACUAUUUGUCUUUACCUUUUACACAAAAGGUCAUUACAGAGACACUGAGAAUGGGAAAUGUUAUAAUUGGAGUGAUGCGAAAAGCGAUGAAAGAUGUUGAAAUAAAAGGGUACGUGAUACCAAAAGGAUGGUGCUUCUUGGCUUAUCUCAGAUCAGUCCAUCUUGAUAAACUUCACUAUGACUCCCCCUACAAAUUCAAUCCGUGGAGAUGGCAAGAAAGGGACAUGAACACGAGUAGUUUCAGUCCUUUUGGAGGUGGCCAGAGGUUGUGUCCUGGUCUUGAUUUGGCCCGUCUUGAAGCUUCAAUUUUCCUUCACCAUCUUGUCACUCGCUUCAGAAGAGAUAAAAGGUGUGGCAAGUGCUCAAGACUUUAGACAAACCGAUGGGUUGCAGAAGAAGAUACAAUUAUAAAUUUUCCUACAGUGCAUAUGAAGAACAAACUACCCAUUUGGAUCAAAAGAAGAUGAUUGUCUUUCAAUAAGUAGAAAAUGGAGAAUCGAUUUUGCAUUAGUUAAGUGUAGAAGGUUAAAGAAGUUACAAGUCACACGAGUGUUUGAAAGUGGGAGUGAGAUGAAAGUGAUAGUGACAGUAAAGACGACAUACAUGAUAGAGUGUAGAGAGAGACAAAAAAGGCAAUCACACGUGUGGCAGGUGACAAACCCGUGUCAACUAUUUGUCGGUUUCCGUCAAAAGACAUAUAACGACAAAAUCUCAAAACCUUUAUGUUUGCUGAAAGGGCUCCACGUGGAUCCCAGCUGCUUAGUUAUUUUGUCGACAUUAGAACUCUCGUUUUUACUAGUACAAACAAAGGUGUAUGAUAUUACUAUGUAUGUUCAUGAUAUAGAAUCCUAAUUAAUUUUCACGACUAUUCCU